UCUCCGCCUCCCGGACCCGGUGGACCGGAGCUGAGGAAGGGCCUGGGGCGUGUCUGAACAGCCAUCCCGCCCCGGGCUCUCCGGACUCCCGAGGCUUCGCGGUCUGAGGCCACUCGCUAGCUCCUGCGUUCCUGGAAAGACCUCUGUCGCUGCGGCUGGGGCUCGGACGGAAGCCCCGGGAGCCUCCGGAGCUGCAGUACUGGGAGGCUCGGCCAGUUGGACAGCAGGCGCCAGCCGAGCGGCCAGUGAGGAAUAAACUGCCAGGUUGUGAACUUCCUAUGAAGAGAACCAUGUGUUAGGGAACUGUGGAAAGCCCCUAGGAGCUGAGGCUGGUCUCUGGCUGACAAACAACAAUAUUGAAGCUGUCAUCCCUAUAGCUGCAAGAAAAUGAAUUCUGCUAACAACUUGAGUGAGCUUGGGCACAGGUUCCCCUCCAUCCAAGCUUCCACAUGAGAACAAAAUCCAACUGAUACGUUAAUUGAAGCUAGAUGAGACCCUGAAGCAGAAAACCCAGAUGUUUGUUUACUACUAAUGGGUGUGAGCAAGUUAGAUGUCCUAUACCGGAGACUUCUCCUCACAAAACUUUUUAUCAGAGGAUGGGGAAGGCCUGAAGAUCUCAAAAGACUCUUUGAAUUCAGAAAGAUGAUUGGAAAUCGAGAAAGAUGUCAGAAUCUGGUUUCAAGUGAUUAUCCAGUAUACAUUGACAAGAUUGAAGAGCAGUCAGACUGUAAGAUACUAGAUGGACACUUUGUUUCUCCAAUGGCCCACUAUGUGCCUGAUAUCAUGCCAAUUGAAUCUGUUAUUGCAAGGUUCCAAUUUAUUGUGCCUAAAGAGUGGAACAGCAAAUAUAGGCCCGUAUGCAUUCAUCUUGCUGGAACAGGAGAUCAUCAUUACUGGAGACGACGAACACUGAUGGCCCGUCCUAUGAUUAAAGAAGCCCGGAUGGCUUCUUUGUUGUUAGAAAACCCUUAUUAUGGCUGCAGGAAACCCAAGGACCAAAUAAGGUCCAGCUUAAAGAAUGUGUCAGACCUGUUUGUGAUGGGAGGAGCUCUUGUUUUAGAGUCCACGGCUCUCUUGCACUGGCUGGAGAGGGAAGGGUACGGACCUCUAGGAAUGACCGGGAUAUCCAUGGGAGGACAUAUGGCUUCCUUAGCGGUAUCCAACUGGCCUAAGCCCAUGCCAUUGAUUCCAUGUCUGUCUUGGUCCACAGCAUCUGGGGUCUUCACUACGGGCGUGCUGAGUAAAUCAAUCAACUGGAGGGAGCUGGAAAAACAAUAUUACACACAGACAGUUUAUGAGGAAGAAAUUAUUCAAAUGCUUGAAUAUUGUGGAACAGAUUCUUUCAAAAUGGGACAGGAGUUCGUGAAAUACUUCCCUAGCAGUGCAGACAAGCUCACUAACCUUAGUCUGGUUUCUGGAACUUUAAAUUUAGAUAUGACAGACCAGGUGGUAUCCCCAAAACCUGCUGAGUGCCAUAAAUCUAGUAAAACAUCUUUCAUUGCCACAUCAGAAAGACUCUUGUUGCAAGAUACCUCUAAGAUGGAGUGCUUCAAGCAAACACUUCCAACCAACAACAGUAGUUAUACAAGUUGUAAUCCUCAGGCACACCACUUACUCAGUAAAGAACAAAGAAGAAAGAAUCUUCAGAAAGAAUCUUUAAUAUUUAUGAAAGGAGUCAUGGAUGAAUGUACUCAUGUAGCAAAUUUCUCAGUUCCAGUUGACCCAAGCCUCAUCAUAGUGGUUCAAGCCAAAGAAGAUGCCUAUAUUCCACGAACAGGAGUUCGAAGUCUACAAGAAAUUUGGCCAGGCUGUGAAAUUCGCUAUCUAGAAGGGGGUCACAUUAGUGCUUAUCUUUUUAAACAAGGACUCUUCAGACGAGCCAUCUAUGAUGCAUUUGAACGCUUUCUCCAUAAAUAUGCAAACUAACUGGAUCACUGUAUGUAACCAGUGUGGGCAUCAUGUUUCUUAUGAAAAGAGUUUCAUCCUCUGAUGAUGUGAAGAAUAAGCAGACAGCACUAUAUAUUUAAUUGCUAUCAAUUUAGUCUGGAAUUCAGUGUUACAGACCAGUCGAAUGUAAUCUUCAAAUGCAUUUGAAUAACUAAACCAAUAUUUGGAUGA